AUGGCUGAUAUUUUGUCUUUGAAAGAAUCAGCUCUUGUUUAUUUAGAUAGAAGUGGUGGCUUACAUAGACUGGCCGAAGACUGCAAACGAUUCAACGACCCCCAACAGAUUGAGGCCGUUUACAGGUUUUGUAUCGGUGUGAAUCCAUCUGAUGUGAUGGAGGUGGAUGCUGUAUUGGGUGAAUGUGUUCUACGGGAUCCUCUUAAAGCUACAGCGUUGUUUCAGUCUGUUUGCUUCCUGGCCAUUAAGACACUUUCACUUGUUGAAAAAAUACACACAGAGAACCAGGUGAACGUAAUCCUGAAGAUGACACACCUGCCUCCAUUCCCUGAGUACAUCCUGGACCUCUGUAGUUUUCCUCGUGGGUAUGGUCCCAUGAGGCCUGUCUCCAUGGAGGGUCUGGUCAUUGCCAUGACAAGGGUCACUAAAUAUACUCAGGGGGCCAGGUUCCUCUGCAUUAAUGAUGACUGUCCCUGCUCUACAGGGUUUCAUCACAUUCGAGUCCAUGCACCUGGAGCCACAGAAUCAGCCACCGUGAGGAACGACUUCAGUUGCAUGGUCUGCAGCUCCCCACUGAAAGAGGAUGUGAAGUUCAGAGUACUGGGAGACAAACAGCUUGUGGAGCUUAUCCACGUCAAAGCACUGGAUGCUCUUAGUGCCCUUCAGCGAGGCGCCUUCAGGUACCAGUCCGUCACCCUGUUUCUCAGAGAUGAGCUGUGUAAAUCGAUGAGAAUCGGUCGACUCUACAAGGUGUUAGGUAUUCCUGCGCAUGUGCACCAGUGGCCAAGUAUUACCUUGAGCGUAGAGGCAAACAACAUCCAACCUUGGGAGCCAGAGAGUAAUGCAGUACUUUAUUUCACAUGCUCCAGAUCUAAAAAAAAUCCUGUCUCUGGAGUGGUUAUACCAGAAAUAAAUCUGAAGAGAACUGGCUACAGUAUAUUCAAAAUGAUCAAAUUUCUUUGCAACAUUGUGCAUUGUAACAUUUUGAUGUGUCUCACAGCUCUUCCAACAGGUCUCCAUAAAGUCAGUGGCCACUUCCAGGAUCUCUUGAAGGCCACAGUAGGUUUUCCAUGGAGGUUCUCUGCAAUCGUGGCUCACUGCUUCGGGUUGCAUGUGGCUCCUCAAGGCCUUUAUAAUACCUUAAAGCUGGGCCUUCUUCUCAGUUUGGUGCAGACUAGAGCAGGUUCAAAUGACACAUUUAACAACUUGGAUCUCCUAGUCGUCACCACUGACACUCUCAUACUAGACAGACUAAUGACAUACAGCCUGGGCUUGGCGUGUCGUGGGGUCAGGCAUCAGGCCACAGGGGAGAUGUUUGCAUCUCUAUCCCGGGACGAACAUGGGGCAGGUACUGCUAACAUUCAUGCUGGCUCUGCCCUGCUAGCCACUGGUGGUGUGUGCAUGUUGGGAGAUCUGGGCUGUUACAAAAAGGACAGACUGGAUGCUAUUCAGUCAGUCCUGGAGAGUAGCACGGUGUCCGUUUUUAUCCCAGGAAAGAAGUAUGGAGAGGAUGCUGAUCAGCAGUUAUCUUUCCCCGUUCAGUGCAGCUUCUGGGCCAUCACAGAUGCCUCUCGACGGUCGGGCAAGGCAGACUCUGCUGUACUGGGAACAGCAGAAUUGGGUCCAGUACCAAUCCAGGUGGCAGACACAUUUGGCCUGGUCAUUCAGUGCAGGGACUCGGGAGAGCAGGCCCUUCUUGCCCAGACUGUCCACACCCUCCAGCAGGCAGUACAGCCAGGAAAACCCCUCUACACAUCCAGCUGGGAGUUUUCUACUCAAGACUACCAGGAGCUGAUAGCUUAUGCUCAGAGUCUUCAAGUGGAGCUCAGCCCCAGAGCAGAGAAAAUAAUCCACGGUUACUACAUGGCCAGCCGACGAGUCCGGACACAGAGCCAGGGUGUCAAGAUGUCUGUGGCCUCAAUCAAACUACUGAUCUCUUUGGCCGAGGCUCACUGCAAGUUAUGUCUCAGAACCCGGGUGCUAGAGGAAGAUGCUGUGAUUGCAGUGCUCCUCUGUGAAAACUCAGUUACCCUAAAACACGGGGCCUCUGCUCUCGUUAUUCCACCGGACGCAGUGUUUCCUUGUGACCUGGGAGACACGGAUGGUUUGCACAUGAGGGACAUGACCCUAGAUGAGCUCCACCAGAAUAUCCUACGCUUCAUCUACACCUACGCACCAGGAGCAGACACAUACAUCACCGAGGAGUAGACCUCAGAACAGUGUUCGAGUCAAAUGGGCAAUAUAGGUGGUGGCCAGUAUCAACACGUCGAGUUUGGACAACUUGGUGUCCGGUGGCACGGACGGCAAAGUCCUUUGGAGCUCCAGGAACGCGGUUCUCAGGGUCUGCACGCGGCUCCUCUCCCGCGCUGCGUUAGCUGCUGCCGGGCGUCCUCUGCCGCCGAGCCCGCCGAGCCCGCCGCUCUGCAGCACCCCGCCGGCCCGCUGGAGAUCCCGACGACGCCCGUCCGGACUGGGGCUGGAGCUCGGACUGGAUGCAGGGCUGUCAUCCACCACCACCCUGGAACAAGAAGCGUUGUCCAUCCGGAGCGUCUGUCUUCCAACCAUCCGGGUGAUCUCACAGACCUGAAGAAUAAUAUUUAUUUAGACACAUCAAGUCACUUUAGUUAAAACUGCCAUCUAUAUUGCACCUUUUUCAACUCAAAUUAUAAUCGAAUUUUUUUUUUUUUUUUUUGGACAUAUGGCUCUGCUCUACCGAUUAACAAUAGGCCUUCUUUAAAAGAGUAUUCACAUGAAACUUAUAGUAGGCCUACAUGAUAAUUUAAGUUAUAUCCAUACAAUUAUUUAUUAAACCAUAAUGUAAGA